AUGCGAUCUCUUACCUCUAUUCUCUUAUUCCUCUCCACAGCUCUUGCGGCUGAUUUCCAGGUGACCUGGCGCCUUGAGAAAGAUACCAAGGCAUCUUCUGUGAGCGCUACGGGCUCUGAUGGCAAGGUUAUUGCAGAGGCCUGUGGCAGUAUCAUCCAUGCUAAGUAUCCUAUUGACUUCUCAGAUGUCGAUGAUACUGGCAGUGGUAAUUUCACUGUUGGUGAUGCCAGCUACCUGGUCCACUCUCUGCCUGAGUGGUCUGGUGGGCCUGCAUGCUCUCGCAUCUUCAACCCUCAGUAUACUCUUGUACAGUGCUCAAAUUUCACCUGGGACUCUACCGAUGUGGUCAAAGACAAGGCAGAUGCCUGCUUUAGUGACAGUACCACUGAUGGCGAACUUCAGUCCCUCCAGAGGAGGAGCCUGAGCCAUGAGAUGCAUUCUCCAGGCGCGGAGCUUGAAAAGAGACAGACGUUUUGCUCCGGCUGGUUCACUAGAACAAGGCUCGUCGGGGAUGGCGAUCCCCACCAGAAUUAUUACCACAAGCAGCUAUCGGAAAACAUCAACUGCGCCAAUGCUGCAUCCUGCUCCGUCGGUCAGACUGAUUCAACGUCCUACACCAUUGGGUGGACUGCAAAUGCCAGUCCUGCUAGCUGGAUCUCAGGAGGCUUCAGCGUCAGUGAAAGCUGGACGACUGGAAAUAGUUACACCUGCAACGGUGAUACCGUCCAAGAGUACACCAAGAACACAUGCACUGAAGGCAGUGGAGGGACCCCUUAUGUUAUGUACUCACCUAAUGAGAACAACAGGGGCGGUGGUUAUUACUGCGUUAUCGGUACUUGUCGAUCUAAGGGUGAUGGUUACUGGGAUUACAAUGGCCGUGCUGGCGGUCCUUGA